AUGAACUUCCUCGGAAACGAAUAUUAUAAACUGAAUCGACGUCUGUUACAGCUAGUUGGCUUGUGGCCGUACGAUCAUUCAUUGUUUAAAUAUUGUCAAGCAAUAUUUUGUAACCUUAUUGUAGCAUUCAUGGUGGUUGAUCAAAUUGCGAAAUUGAUAACGUUAGAACGAAACUUAAAUCUCAUGCUGAAACUUUUCCUUCCUAUUGUACUUGGUUUCAUUUAUAUUAUAAAGUAUCAAACAUUCUGUAUAGUCGCUAAAAAGAUAAGAUAUCUCAUGGAUCGUGUAGAACAAGAUUGGAAUAUGCUUAAAGAUAAAAAGGAAUUGGAGAUCAUAGAAAGAUACACUCACAUUGGAAGUAUGUGCACCUUGGCUUUUACAAUAAUGGGUUUUGUGGCUGUAUCAAUAAAUUUGUCAUUAUCAUUCGUACCAAUUAUCCUCGAUAUCUUUGUGCCGCUAAAUUACUCGCGUCCACGACAAAUUCUGUUUCCGGGAAAAUUUAUCGAUCAGCAAAAGCAUUUUUACGUCAAUUUUUUGCAUUUUAAUAUUACUUUAAGUAUAAUGCUCACUACUCUGAUUGGCACCGAAUCGUUGUAUGUAAUGUACGUACAACAUGCUUGUGGAAUGUUUCAAAUUGUCAGUUAUCGAAUGAAUCAAGCGUUUGACAACAAGCUUUUACAAAUUUACACACCUAAACAGCAAACAACUAUCAUUUGUAAAGGAGUAAUCGAAGCUGUACACAUUCACAAAAGAGUUCUCGAGUUUUCCGAAUUCCUAUGGUCUACCUUGGCGAUAUCAUACAGCAUUUUGCUUGUAUUCGGUAUUACAUCUCUUCUCAUUAAUUUAUUCUGCCUUUUUCAAGCAAUACUAUUUAUGAAAGAGAUGAACAAUGUAAUAAUUUCAAUUUCAUUUAAUUUUGGCCAUUUUUUUUAUUUAUUCUUGGGUAACUAUGUUGGUCAAAUUUUAAUAGAUCAUAGCGCUGGUAUCUUUGAAAAUACAUAUUUCACGCGAUGGAAUGGCGCUCCUUUGCAAGCACAAAGGUUAUUACCGAUUAUAAUGCAAAGAAGUAUGAGAAGUUGCAAAAUGGUUGUAGGCGGUAUGUUUGUUCCAUCGUUCGAAGGCUUUGCAGCGCUUAUGAGCACAACUCUGUCAUACUUUACAGUACUUUGGUCAGUACAGAAGUAAUGCUAAGCGAUGACAU